AUGUCAGAAAAUCUCGAAAACACAACAGGUCUACAAAAGUCUGUUUCAACUGCGGUGCAACUGGCCGCAGACUAUGCACACCAUGCCAUGAAACCCGACGGCCACUGGCUCACGGAGCUUCGAGCCACCGUUGGUUUCACGGCCGGGUACAUUUGUCUACGAAAAAUGCUGGGACCUCCUCUCUCCGAAAAGGAAGCAGGGAAGAUGGCCCAAUGGAUACAGUCUCGGCAGAACACAUCAGACGGAUCAUGGGGCCUACUGCCCGACAGGCCUGGGGAUGUUUCAACGACGACCGAGGGUUAUUUUGCCCUCAAGCUCCUUGGCGUGCCUACCGAGAGCUACGCAAUGCAGAGGGCUCAAUCCUUUAUUCUAUCCCAAGGCGGGAUCAGCAAAAUGGGUGUCUUCACUCAGCUGGAGUAUUACGAAUAUGCACCCUUGCAUAAAAACAAACAAAUGCGUUAG